AUGGCAGCUGCCGGAGAGGUGGAGCUGGUUGUCAAAAGCUCAAAAAGGGCAAAAAGUGCGACAGUUCCCAAUGGAAAACUUAGUAAGGACGAAAAGAAAGAGUUCAUACAGAAAGCUCCCCGAGUUACAGUGACAGGAGGAAUUGAGAGAGGGGUGACUGGCAAGGAGAACCGCAAGCCAAAGUCAUCCAAAGCUGCUAGUGCACCAAAGAAGAAAAAAACAGAAAAGAAAACUAAUUCUGGUCCACAUCAGCCUGGUACUGUUGAGGAGGCAAUAUGCAGGUUGAAUGUAGGAGAGAUGCAAAAUCUCCUAGAUGUGGUUAUGUCACGUUUUCAAGAGUCUCCCCUUAUUUGGUUGAAGGACUUGGCUUCAUACCUAAAUGUACGUGUUAAUCCAAUCCACCAACCAGAUCCCGCUUUCAGAGGUCACCCGACUUCAUUUCCAGCAUCCCUGUUGAGGUCAGAUGUCAAAAUGCUACUGAUAAAAACACUGUCCACUUGUAAUGAUAAUGUGUUGGCAGCAUUUCAUAAGCACUGUUUGACUUCUAUGGUACAUGAGCAAGUAAAAGGUCUGGGUGUGGCAGGAUACAAGGUAUUCAUUCAGAUAUUAUCAAUUGACCACGCACAUGUGGGCAUGGUGAAUUUGCCUUAUUAUUGUGAUCUACGAAACAGUAUCCAGAAUCAGACUCCUGCCUGUCUUUCUCUAUUGUGGGCUGUUGGACAGUCAGGUCUAGAUGACUUCACUGUUGGAUUGAAAGUCUGGAUGGAGCUAAUGGUACCAUUAAUUGGCUUGAAGAAUUACUCUGCAUAUGUGGUCGACUAUGGAAGCACUGUAUUUGGAGGUGGUGGUGGUGGGGGUGCUGAGGACUGUGGGGAGGUUUUAGGCGUGCGUGAGUUUUUCACCAUCUUGGACUUCACUUGGUGUUCAUCUGGAUCAUUACCAAAAGUUGUUCAGAGACAGCUGUUUGCUCUCUACCCAAAAGUAAAGACAGCAGCUUUCAGUUCUAGUCCUGAAGUAACGUUGCGUGGCUUUUUCCCAUCAUUUCUUCGUCGCUUGGAUCCAGAUGCAUCUCCUCAACUAAAAGUAGAAUUAGUGACAUGUCUGGUUCAGUGUCUAACUCAAGAUCCUCAGUGCUGGAGUAUAUGGUCACAGCUAUAUCUCAAGCAUUUGCCACAGUCAGCCAUCUUGCUUCAUCAUUUAGGUUAG